AUGAGGUUUGUUCGAGACAACGAUCCAUAUAAUAUAAGACAAGAACCUUCUUAUAUACAACAACGACCUCGUCGAUCAAGACGUUUUCUAUUCAUUGGUAUUGCAUUGUGUGUCGCAUGUCUGGCUGUUAUUGGGGCUAUUGUUCUUGGUGUCAUUCUUGUAUAUGGAAUACGGUUUCGAUAUCGUAAUCCAUCACAAUAUUUACCAUCAAUCACGUGUGAUGUUUCUCAUGCAACAUGCGGCUGUCCUGGACGACCUUUGACACAAAAAAAUAGUUCAUCAAGAAUUGUUGGUGGUCAAGAUGCUGUGGAAAAUAGUUGGCCAUGGGUAGUAGCUUUGACAACAGCCGAGGAUGUAUUAAAUCUAAAAACCAGUUUGAAUCCAUUUUGUGCAGGUUUUAUCAUAUCAGAUGACAUUAUCAUUACAGCUGCUCACUGUCUUAAGAAUGUCAAUUCUCAGCGUCUUAGAAUAUUGACUGGUGUACAUGAUUUACGUUCAUUUGUUCCUAAUUCAAAAAAUACGUACGAAGUUUAUUCUAUUAUUUCACAUGAAGACUAUCGUGUCACACCUGAAAAUAUUCAACUAAAUGAUAUUGCACUUAUUAAACUUCGACAAAAAUUAAGUGGUAUUAAUAAUCGUCUAUGUUUACCGUCAACUUCAUCUACUUUUCCAAAAUCAAAAAUAAUUGCUGUUGUUGUUGGUUGGGGUAAACUUCAAGCGAGUAGUUCGCGUAAUUCUCCUACACUUCAACAAUUAGUACUACCAAUUGUCAGUGAUAACAAUGCGAAAUGUAAACAACAUGUAGCCAAUUCUAAUAUACAAUUUUGUGCCGGUCAUGAAACGUUACAUGUUGAUUCAUGUGCCGGAGAUUCUGGUUCACCGUUAAUGAUUGUUGAAAAUAAUCGAUAUGUUGCAGCUGGACUUGUUAGCUAUGGAAAUAAACAAUGUGAUUCAUCAGAAUCACCCGGCAUUUAUACAAGAAUUAGCUUUUAUUCACAAUGGAUUAAUCAGACAAUAAAACGAUUUUAG